UAUUAGCGGCUAUGCGGGCGGCAUGACGGCUCUCUCUGCUCCAGGCCUCCGCCGACACCCGUGGAUAAGUAGCUGCAGCGGCCCUGCACGGGAACUCUGUCUUCGGCUGUGAUCAUGGCCAGGACCGGUUUCUGCGACUCCAAGCCUCUGCUGGACUUACACAAGAAAGCGGAUGAGAAGCGAGCCCCCUUAAGAACUUGGGCUAAUGCCUGCGGGCCUAAAGAUCGCUGGCAGCCUGUAGAAGUAGAUGAGUCCAGGAUGGCCCCUGUCAAAAUGGAGCCAGAGCGCAGAUGGGAAAGAAGGUUAUCAGCACAAACAAGUGAGAGCAUCAUCAUGGGCUUCCAUGAGGACAGUCGGACAUGCUCAGCUGGCAGUGUGAUCAAUAACAAAGCAGAUGGGUGUCUGGAGGAGCCUGUGCUUCUCUACCCUCAUGGGCUGCAGGGUCUUCACAGCCUACAGGCACUGGUGCCCAGCUUUCUGCGUCAUGAGGUGGAGACAGCACUGGAGAAACUGGACCUCAUAUGGGACCGGACGUACGCCUGGGACAUGUUCUUGGACAUGAUGAGAACUCAAACCCAAAACUCUUUUCCCAACGCUGACCUGCCCUGGCAUUUCACUGAUGCCACCAGGGCUAUCCUGGUAGACUGGCUCAUUCAAGUUCAUGAGAUGAUGCAUUUCCAGGAGGAAACUCUCUAUCUGGCCAUACACCUCCUCAACCGCUCCCUGCGUAAGAUCAAGGUGACCACAGUCAACCUGCAGCUCCUUGGCAUGGUUUGCCUCUUCCUUGCUGCAAAGAAGGAAGAGUGUCUCCUUCCUGAGGUGUCUGGACUCUGCUACUUGAUGGACCACACCUACACUAAGCAUCAGCUGCUGCGAAUGGAGCGAAAAGUCCUCUGCGGGCUCAAGUUUGAUUUGUCCUACUGUCCCCCUCUGCACUUCCUCCUCCUCCUCGCCUCCAUUGCCCGCUGCAGUGCUAAGGUGGUGUGGAUGGCUCGUUAUCUCCUGGAGCUAUCUCUCCUGGAGGGCCAGUGUGUGGUGUUCCUGCCUGUGCAGCUGGCAGGAGCGGCCCUCUGCUUGGCCCGCCAAGUCCUGCAGGAGCCUCCGACACCAGAGGGGGAGGCUGCCUGGUGUCUGGCCUCCAGCAUCCAUGUUGGCAGCGAGACUGCCCUGCUGAGGAUCAUGCACAUUUUGGCAAACGCUGCAACCAAGGCCCACACCCGAGAGACCAGCGCUACUUUUAUUAAAUUCUCCUCCCCAGAAACCAUGCAUGUCAGCAGACAUCCUGGUCUACAGAACCCCUCUGGUCUGCUCGGCGUAUGCACUUGACAUAGCUGACAAACACAGGCAGAAAUUAUAUCCCAAAGCUUCAAGGUGGUGAUACUAGGCUUGUAUCACUUGAGGACUUCACUCCUGUGUGGCGCAAACCUCUAGCCAAGGCGAUAUAUAUUCGGCUACGGAUCCUGAAGAGUUUCCAUGGCAAUGGGUUAGGAAGAAGAGUGAGAGAUUUGAUGCCAAACAUUGCUCGACAAAGAAUUGCACGCACUUACAUGUAUGUGGUUUAGCCAGCUGAGUGGCACACCUGUUUUAUGAUCUUAUCUUGCAGCCAGUUUAGAAAAUAUUUUGAAUUGUAUCGAUGUGUCCUUGUCUUGUCAUUUGUGGAGAGGAUGUGGGCUGUCUAUCAAGUUGUUUAAGGAAGUUUUAAUGUAAAAUAAAGUGUCUGCUGCAAAGUACUGA